AUGGCUAGCUCUGAGAGCCCCAAAGUCGCGGUUUUGUAUCAAGCACUUGAGCCGCCAGUGAUCCACGGCGUCCGUAAACCUAGGAAACCCGGAGGUUAUCGUGAUUCGGGCACUGAUAUCACUUACGUGCUCCAGUCAAGCAACGUCAAUGUCUUGACCCAAGCAGCUUGCCCAGAUCCUCAGAAUGACGACGACUGGUGCUGGCCCGACACCGAGGAGGGCAUCCUCGCGGCAGUGGACAAAGGCGCUACGCAUUUGUGGGCAAAUACAAUCUUGUUCUCGUCGCAUCCACUUCAAACCUCGUCCAAGCUUAACAGCUGUUCACCACACAUAAAAGUCGUCUGGCAGCCACCCAGACUUGUGGAGCAAUUCGAUGACAAGGAGUUGUGA